AUGCCGUCAAUGAUAGAAGAGAUCAAGCGCAUGCAGGACUUUGAGCUCACGUGGGUCGUGUAUGACCCAACAGAUCCGCUAGGUGCUAUGCUAGCACUCUGUACACUCUCUCCUGUCUUCCUGAUGAUCGUGUACGUCACACUCGUUGCCACGCAAAGAGACUUGGACAGCAUCAGUAUGCUCGUGGGACAGCUUGUGAGCGUCCUGCUCAAUAAAGUACUCAAGAAACACAUCAACCAGCCGCGACCGGUAGGCGCGUUCAUGAGCGGACCGGGGAUGCCAUCAGCACAUUCCCAGUUCAUUAGCUUCUUCGCAGCUUACAUGGUGAUUUACACGUGGAAGAGGUUAAACUCGCAUAGACGCUUGGAACAGUGGCUCACUAUCAUAGGCGCGAUUGCAAUUACAGUUUUGACAUGCUACUCGCGCAUCCACUUGAAUUACCACUCCACGGACCAAGUGGCGGUCGGCGCGGCUGUUGGUGGGCUUACUGGGGUUGUCUGGUACGCUCUGAUCGCGACGGUCUCGCCGUGGUUAUUCCCAUUGGUGGCCGAGUGGCGUCUCGCAAAAUUCUUUUAUGUGCGCGAUGUUUCGCACAUCCCGGACUUGACUGUGUAUCAGCAUAAGAUAUGCAGCUCCAAAGCUACCAAAACUUUUCCUAAGAAGAAGUCGCAGUAG